AUGACAUCCAUGUUCAAGAACUACUUCGGCCUGGGCAAGGUCACCACCACCGAAGUCUCCGCCGAUGACGACAGCAAUGCCAUCCGUGCUCUUCCUGCUUCAUGGUACACCUCCCAGGAGAUGUAUGAGCUCGAGCGACGCGCGAUCUUCUCCAAGAAAUGGCUCCUCACCACCCACAAGCUGCGCCUCCCCAACACCGGCGACUGGCUGAAGUACACCAUUGCUGGCUACGGCUUCAUCCUCGUACGCGAUCGUGAGGGCAACAUUAACGCCUUCCAUAACGUUUGCCGCCACCGGGCCUUCCCUGUCGUGACCGAGGAGGGCGGUACUUCGCGCAUCUUCUCCUGCAAGUACCACGGCUGGUCGUACGGCCUCAACGGCAAGCUGGCCAAGGCGCCCGGCUACCAAGACCUUGAGGGCUUCGACAAGAGCAAGAACGGCCUUCUGCCCAUCCACGUGCACGUCGACACCAACGGUUUCAUCUGGGUGAACCUGGACGGCGGUGACAAGCCCGAGAUCUCCUGGGAAGACGACUUCCGCGAAAUCGACCUGCAGCCGCGCUUGAAGGAGUUCAACUUCGAGGACUACCAGUUCGAUCACCACUGGGAGAUGGAGGGCCAGUACAACUGGAAGAUCCUGGCCGACAACUACAACGAAUGCUACCACUGCGCGACGACGCACCCCGACGUUCCCUCCAUCGCGGAUCUUAGCACAUACGCGGUCGACCCCAAAGGCAACAGCAUCGUCCACUAUGCCAACUCCAAGCCGGAGCAGAUCGCCGCCGGACUGAAGAUUGCCAGCACCUAUUACUUCCCCAACGCCUCCAUGACCGUCUCUCCACACUUCUUCUUCAUGCAGCGCUUCGUGCCCAGCAGCCCCACCACCUGCGAGAUGCGAUACGAGGUCUACCGCAACAAGAGCUCCAGCGACGAGGACUUCGACCGCAUCAACCAGAUCUACAAGCGGGUGAUGUCCGAGGACAAGUACCUGUGCGUCGAGACGCAGAAGAACCUCAACACGGGCGUGUUCGUCAACGGGGAACUGCAUCCCAAGAUGGAGAAGGGACCUCUCUUCUUCCAGGCGGCGGUGCGCGACAUCGUGCAGGCCCACCACAAGCGCGAGGAACUUGUGGGGCAGGAGAUCUGGCCUGCUCGUCAAACGUUGCCCGGAAAGGCGGAGGUCAGUCGCGAGGACGAGGACUUCGCCGCGAAGGUGACACGCACGAGUCAAGCCAACAACGAGAGCUGCGGCGACUCGAUGGCGCGCGAGGCCGAUGGCUGCUGCGGUGGCAUCUGCCAGACGCCAAACGCGGCUCUGGCCUACUAA